AUGGCUGGGUUCACUAUUUGCGUUUUGACAAUUUUCUUGUCCAUUUUAGUGACUUGGUUGUUUUGGGACUCAAGGAAAAGGCGACCAGGUGAACCCCCACUGGUGACUGGCUGGAUCCCUUUCCUUGGAGUUGCCUUCGAAUAUGGGAGAAAUCCACUAGCUUUCCUCACAUCAGCUCAAAGGAAAUAUGGGGAUAUUUUCACUUGUAAAAUUGCUGGGAAGUACUUUACGUUCAUAGCCGACCCUUUCUCAUACAGUGCUGUAUUUCGUCAGGGAAGGAACCUUGAUUUUCAAAAGUUUGCCAUUGCGUUCUCCCAGAAGGUAUUUGGCCAUGCAGAUUUCAGUGAUCCUAUGUACAGCGGCAGGUACAAGGAUAUCCACUCCAUUUUCCGUCAGACCCUUCAAGGACCGGUCCUGCAGCAGCUAACCUCCAGCAUGAUGGAAAACAUACAGAUUAUAAUGCAGAGGGAUAAAGGGCAUGGAUGGAUCACAGAGGGGCUCCAGAGUUUUACCAAUCGAAUCAUGUUUGAGGCUGGAUACCUGACAUUGUUUGGUAAAGAGGAAAAGGCCAUGGCAGAGGAAAACAGUGCCACAAAGCAACGUAUGAUGCGGAAAGCCAUCGAAGACUUCCAUGCCUUUGACAAGGCCUUCCCUGAGCUGGCAGCUGGAUUGCCAAUUCACCUGUGCAUUAAAGCAUUUAGAGCCAGAGAAGCCCUAGCUGAAAAGUUCCAUCACAAAUACCUGAAAAAUAACCAAUCUCUGUCCGCGCUCAUCGAGCGAAGGAUGCAUGCCUUCGAUGAGAUGGAACAGCUUGACGAACUGGGUAAAGCAAGAACCCAUGUAUGCAUGUUGUGGGCAUCUCAAGCUAAUACCUUACCUGCAACUUUCUGGAGCCUGUAUUACAUGAUGAGGUCACCUGAAGCCUUGAAAGCUGCUCAAACUGAAAUAAACAGAGUUAUAAAGGAGUCAGAUCACAAGCCAGUCAACCCUGGGAGGCCACUCAUCCUUUCUAAAGCCGAACUAGACAGCAUGUCUGUUUUGGGAAGCAUAAUCGAGGAAGCCUUGCGUCUUUCCAGUGCAUCAAUAAUGAUCCGUAUAGCAAAUGAAAACUUCACCUUGACGUUGGAUUCAGGGAAGACUGCAGACAUUCGCAAAGGAGACUACAUAGCGAUGUACCCCCAAAUGAUCCACAUGGAUCCAGAAAUCUAUGAAAAUCCCACGGAGUUUAAGUUUGACAGGUAUUUGGAUGAAAAUGGGCAAAAGAAGAUGGACUUCUACAAAAAUGGGAGAAAACUGAAGCAGUUCCUGAUACCGUUUGGUUCUGGGGCCAGUGAGUGUCCAGGUCGCUUUUUCGCCAUCAAUGAAAUAAAGCAGUUUUUGACUUUGGUCAUUUACCACUAUGAAAUGGAAUUACAGGAAACGGCAAGCACUCCCCUAACAACAGACUGUACCCGAGCAGGUCUUGGAAUUCUACCACCUAAACAGGAUGUGCCCCUCAGAUACAGGAUAAGAGAGUGUAUCAGUGAAGGAGAGGGCAUGUAACUUUAACCUGUCUGCUGCAGUGUUAAAACUCAGCCCAUCUGAUGCCUGCUAUUCUGUCAAAAGCACCUUCCAUGAUUAUAUUUUCUAUUGCAGCUCAUAUUUUCAUAUUGCAUAGGGCACCAAUGCGGUGUAGUGGUGGGAAACAGGUCUUGUGACCUAAAGGUUGCUGAAGUGAUUCCCAAGUGGGCCACUGCUGUUGUACGCAUGGCACUUUUUCAAAAUUGCAUUGUGAAAUACCCAGCUGAAUUGUAAGCUAUCUAAGUCACUGUGGAUAAAGGUGUCUGUGAAGCAUUCAAAAAAUGUUUUAGUGGAUGGGCUGUCAUAGUUCAGCUUGAUAUGGAGUUGUCAGGCAAUGUCUGGGAUGGUAUUUUCCCAGAAUUUCCCCAAAUAUAUCCACUGGACACACAUGAGGUAGCUACAGCAGAAAAGAAACAUACUUUUGAAGGUUGGACAGGACACUGAGGACUAUUCCCGUGUAUUUGGCAACAUUAUAACACCAAUACAAGUAUUAAAUAUUGUAUAACUUGAAACUGUGAAAUAAAGCUAACCAAUACUGUAACAUGGUCGUUGUGACAACACUAUUGUUGUUGUCAUAAGAGUAAAUAUCGAUAUUUUAAACGUUAUCAAUGUGUUAUUGGUGUAAUCUGCAUUAUGUCUUCUGUGAAUAUGAAUCAUGUCUA